CAAUGUUAUGUUAUAUGUUAUUUUUACAGUGGUAACGCCGUGUCGUGCCAUAAAAUGAUGAACGUUCGCUAGUUGUCAACAUAUACACAAUAACAUUUCUCAUUUGUUAUAAGUAUUUGUAAAAACAAAAAUUUUGAGACAAUUUAUAAUGUAAAAAUAUCUGUCAAACAUUUCCAGCCAAUUGUUUUUUUCGUCAAAAUUUAGAUUUUGUGAUGGUGACGCUUCGAAACUGUUUUUUGACAGUCACACGAUAUAUAUUAUAAUUGACCUGCAAUAUGGAAAUUGGUGUUUUAUUAGUGAUUCUUUGCCAAAUUCUGUUAAAUCCAAACGUAAUUGUGGUGCGGGCCGAGGUCACUUCAGAUGUUGGAAAAAUUAAUAGCCCUCCAACUCAAAACAGCCAUGGGAAAAAAAACUCGUAUUCGGUGAUUAGUGAAGUGAUCUCGCAAGCAGUGAACGAAGAAACUAGCUCCAGCGCAACUUGUAAUGAUGAUUUAGCUUGCCUCGCCGCUGCUGCCGACCAUGAUAAAAUAGGUCUCGAAGCAAUUCAAUCCCUUCAUAAACAACUUGAUGAUGAUGCUAAUGGAAAUAUUGAUUUAUCUGAGUCUGAUGAUUUUUUACGAGAGGAGUUAAAAUAUGCUUCAGGCUAUGAAAGGCGACAGAAAGCCUUUCAUUAUAAUGAUGAUAUGCAUAUUUCUGUCAGAGAAUUGUGGGAGGCUUGGCUGAGAUCAGAGGUUCAUAACUGGACCGUUGAACAGACUUCAGAAUGGCUAGCGCAGAAUGUUGAACUACCUCAAUAUGUACAAACAUUUGUACAAAAUCGUGUAACAGGAGCCAAAUUGCCUAGGUUGGCCGUUAACAAUAUGAAUUAUGUAACUAAUGUUCUAGGUAUUAAAGACCCUAUUCAUAAGCAAAAGAUUGCUUUGAAAGCAAUGGAUGUGGUUCUGUUUGGACCUCCAAAAGAUUCUGGUAAUCGAUGGAAAGACUUGACACUAGUAGCGCUUCUAGUUAGUGCUAUCGGUGGAUGUUGGUAUGCAUAUCAACAGAACAAAAAUGCAAGAAAGCAUCUUAAAAGAAUGGCACAAGAUAUGGAAGGACUGCACAAGGCAGAAGUUGCAUUAGAGGAUCUCCAGAAGGAACUAGAGCGUGCUAGGUUAGAACAAGAAAAUGUAAAUACAGAGAAACUGAACUUAGAGAGAAAGUUGCUUGAAACACCCCAGCUACCAAUUACUGGAUCUGAUCUAGAAGUACAAAAAUUAAAGCAAGAGAAUGAGAUGUUAAGAUUAAAAUUAUCUCAAGCUGAAGGUGAAUUGGAAGAUAGAUGCUGGGCUGCUCCUCAAGGUCUACAAGCCUGGCUGCAAUUGACUCAUGAACUAGAAAAUAAGGCACACCAGAAAAAGAGAUUGAAUGCCGAAAAGCAAUUAUCACAAGCAAGAGAUGCUUGUGAAAAACUGAGGAAAAAGAGGUCAAGUCUUGUUGGAGCUUUUGUUUCCACACAUGGUAAAUCAAUUGAUGAUGUUGAUAGGAGUAUAGUUGAAGCUAGAAAUUCGUUAAGUGAGGUUACAAAUGAACUACAAGAAAGAGUACAAAGAUGGAAGCAGAUCGAGGCUAUAUGUGGAUUCAACAUAAUCAACAACAAUGGACUGCAGUAUUUGGAAGGAUAUUUGUACAAAUCUGGUAACUCCACGAAGGGAUUACGAGGUCGAGUGAGCGGCAGCCAGGAUGACUUAGAUGAAGAGGGUUCCCUAUCCUUAGGGGGGCAUGGUAAGAGUCCUGAUGAAACACUGAUCUCAAGUGAAAAUUCAACAUCAGACUUUUAUUUGAAUUCGUGAUUUUCAUUCUCAUGUAUAAGAAUAUAUUUGAAAUCUAUAUAUGGGAUUGAUGGAGUGGCACCCUAAUCAGAUUUAAAUUAUUGCUUUGACGGUUGGGCAGAGGAAUCUUCUGGGAGCGAGGAAGCAGAGAGUAUUUGCACAGAACCUUCAAGACAAACUACACCUUCUCAAGCUAUUCCAAGCACUACAGCUCAGUUCAUUGUCGGUUCU